AGAUGUGAAGUUAGAAGAUAAUACAAAUUAGUUUUCUCCACUCUUAGAAUUUUGAAAUAUUUAUGCUCUCCAAUUUCUAUCAUACAUAUAGUUGUCUCCAAGUCAUAGCCAAAGAAGAAAAAUCAACUAUGACUACUUUUCUAGCUCCUCUAGCUUCUUGUCUCUAUCUCGCUUUUGCUUUGUUCCCCUCUCUUGCAGCUCCUACCUUAUUGUUUCAGGGAUUCAAUUGGGAGUCGAGCGGCAGGAAAGGAGGAUGGUAUAACUCGCUUCUUAACGUUGUACCAGACAUAGCUAGUGCUCGGGUGACUCAUGUUUGGCUCCCUCCACCCUCACAAUCAGCUGCACCUCAAGGUUAUCUGCCAGGCAGGCUGUAUGAUCUUGAUGCAUCCAAAUAUGGAAAUGGGGCGGAGCUGAAAACUUUAAUCAAGGCAUUACACGACAACGGCAUCAAGGCUGUUGCCGAUAUUGUGAUAAACCACAGAACAGCAGAGAAGAUGGAUGCAAGAGGAAUAUACUGCAUUUUCGAAGGAGGAACACCCGACGACCGUCUUGACUGGGGACCGUCGUUCAUCUGCAAGGACGACAUCAAGUAUUCUGAUGGCACAGGGAAUCCUGAUUCAGGAGAUGGCUAUGAUGCUGCUCCUGACAUUGAUCAUCUCAAUCCAAGGGUGCAAAAGGAGUUGUCAGACUGGCUGAAUUGGCUCAAGAAUGAAAUCGGGUUUGAUGGUUGGAGAUUAGACUUUGUCAAGGGAUACUCCCCCAGCAUCACCAAGAUUUACAUGGAAAACAGUAAUCCAGAUUUUGCAGUUGGUGAGCUCUGGAAUUCUCUUGCGUACGGUAGUGAUGGAAAGCUGGAAUACAAUCAAGACAGGCAUCGGAACGAGCUGGCGCAGUGGACACAGAGCGGAGGAGGGAAAGUCACAGCUUUUGAUUUCACCACAAAGGGAAUCCUCCAGGCUGCUGUGGGAGGGGAGUUCUGGAGACUGAAGGAUUCCAAUGGUAAUCCUCCUGGACUGAUCGGCAUAUUACCGAAGAAUGCUGUUACAUUUAUCGACAAUCAUGACACUGGAUCGACACAGAACAUAUGGCCAUUCCCUGCAGAUAAAGUCUCACAAGGAUAUGCUUACAUUCUCACUCAUCCUGGAAUUCCAUCAGUGUUCUAUGAUCACUUCUUCGACUGGGGUAAGAAGGAUGAAAUAUCCAAACUAAGCGCGAUCAGGGCAAGGAACGGCAUAACAGAGACGAGCAAAGUGGAGAUUUUGGCUGCUGACGCUGAUCUCUAUGUGGCAAAGAUUGACAAUAGAAUCAUAACGAAAAUCGGGCCGAAGAUGGAUCUUGGAAACCUGAUUCCACCAGAUUUUCAGGUUGCUGCCUCUGGAAUUGAUUAUGCUGUUUGGGAGAAACAGGCCUGAAAUAUGUAUAUGCAAAGCAAGGGAAGUUAUGCAUGAAGCUGCCUGACAGCGAUUCGGCGAAUUUUUCGGUUUGAAUGGCCUAAUAGAGAGUGGUCACGGGAUGUUGAGUGGACUGCAAGGAAAUGGAGAGGAAAAUAUAUGAUUAACUUGGCUUAUCGUGCACUCCUGGCUGCUUGCAUUUACCACAUUUGGAGGGAACGAAAUUUGAGACGCUUUGAGCAUACGGAGCGACCACCGAAUAUAAUAGCCACCAUUAUUGUGGAAGAUAUUAGACAGAUGAUUAUCAGUGUUAAUUUAUCUCGUUCUGUGUUCAUGUGCGUUAUAUAGAUUAUGGCGUAUCCCUUGGACUGCGAGGGGGAAACCACCAGUUGAGCACUGUUGUACUG